UACAAGUUCGACAAGAGCCUUGGCCAAGGUGGUCAAGGUGUUGUUAGUCUUGCUACCGUCAAAGCUACUGGUAAGAUUGUUGUCAUCAAGAGAUUGAUACUUCCCCCUAACACUGAUCUCAAGACGGUUCCUGAGCUUGUCAUGCUUGACCGUAUCUCGAAACUUGGCCCCCACCCUAACAUCCUCCCCUUCUUGCAGGUCUGGAACACACCUCAAUCCGCUCCUGGCGAGUGCCCUACCAGCCGAAUCAUCCUCCCCUACGUUGCAGGUGGUGAGCUCAGAACUUUGCGCACAACUUUUGACAAGAUGUCCGUUAAAGUUCCCGAGGCCUUCAUCUGGCACGUUUACAAGUCUUUGGUGAUUGGCUAUGGCUUUCUUCACGACAAUGGUAUCUCUCACCGCGACAUUAAGCCCGAGAACAUCAUGCUUGACCCUGUCAACUUUGGUGAUCCGGCCCUCUUCCCUACUGUCAAGAUCAUUGACUUUGGCAUUGCUGACGACGUUGCUGACUCUGAGACAACAUCAGGUACACCUAAAUGGCAACCUGGCCCUCCGGAGUGCCUUAUUGGUGGUGCUAAAGCUGAUGUCUGGGCUAUGGGCGCUGUCAUUCAC